UCAUGAUUAAAUCUCUCUAGCAACAAAACCUUCCGUAAUACACGUACCUUUGUUUCUCACUCGCUCAGAGAACGCUGUGUGCACGACGUGAUACAGCGAAUUGAAUAUCAUUUUAAUCGCUCAAUUAGUUUUGCUUAAUCGUUUGGUGCCGCCGACAGGAAGCCCACCGAAGGGAUAUCGUUGAUGAGCGCCGAGUCGCGGGCCCUUUUUCAUUCGCGCUCGUCAUCAGCGUCACCAUCAGCAGCAUCCGUUAUUUCCUAGCUUCCCCUGGGUGCCGACUUGCGUUUUGCCAUCGUAAAUGUGAAAUUAAUUUCGUUUUAUUGCCGCGCGCGCUCGAUGCAAACGCGAUUCAAACGCAGAAACACAUAAAAUCGAUAAUUGACCAAGUUUAGGCAAUUAUUUGUAAUGUAUCAGUCUAGUGCAAGUUGAUUUGUUGGAAAAUCCACUAAGUUUUGAUCUAAUUGGGUCAAAAAGCAUUGAAUUAACAAGAUUGUGUUAUUGACAACAAUUGAUUUUGUGUAAAAAAUGGACACCAAACUAAAAUCCCCACAAAUUCCCCAAAAACCAAACAUGGCCAAGCAAAAUGGCACAGAUUCCUACGUUCGAACAUUCUUACACUUGCAACAGUAGUCGGUGUCCUCGGAGGAGUCCUUUUCGGUUUCAUUCUACGCGCUGCUAGAGACGAUCAAUGGCCGCUGCGCCAAAUCUCCUACGUCAACUUCAUCGGAGACAUUUUUCUACGAAUGUUAAAAUCCCUAAUUCUUCCAUUGAUUGUAUCCUCGUUAAUCUCCGCCAUUGGAUCAUUAGAUCUUUCGCUCUCCGGAAAAAUCGGUUACCGAGCUGUUUGUUACUACUUAGCAACGACAAUCUGCGCGGUUAUUUUGGGAAUUAUUGUUGUUACAAUCGUGCAUCCGGGAAGAGGCGACUCCGAAUCGAUUGCACGUGCUGGAAUCUCUCGAAAUGUCACUACAGUUGACACGCUGAUGGAUUUAUUCAGGAACAUGUUUCCACCGAAUUUGGUGCAGGCGUGCAUCCAACAAUACCGGACGUUAUUGCUAGCUCCAUUGAAAGGCACUGGUGAUAUUCACACAUGGACAAUGUCACAUGAAUACGUCUCUGGGACGAAUAUCCUAGGCUUGGUGGUGUUCUCCACUGCUUUGGGGAUAUCCUUAGGCAAAAUGGGCUCGUCCGCGGAGCCAUUGAUCACAUUUUUUCAGGGCAUGAGUGGCGCCAUGAUGACCAUCACAAAUUGGGUCAUCUGGUUCUCGCCAGUCGGUGUAUUCUUCUUAGUAUCGUCAAAAAUACUCGAAAUGGAAAGUUUCAGUGUGGUUAUUGGUCAACUUGGAAUGUAUUUCAUGACUGUACUAUUCGGGUUAUCACUGCAUGGGUUCAUUGUGUUACCCAUAAUGUUUCUGAUUGUGACUAGAAAGUCCCCGUUUAGAUACCUUACUAAUAUGGGGCAAGCUUUGGCUACAGCAUUCGGCACCGCAUCAAGUUCGGCAACAUUACCGGUUGCCAUUAGUUGCCUUGAAGAUAAAAACCACAUUGAUAGUCGUGUGGCACGUUUUGUGAUGCCUAUAGGUGCAACCAUUAAUAUGGACGGAACGGCGCUGUAUGAAGCCGUGGCGGCCAUUUUCAUAGCGCAAGUUAGAGGUAUCUCACUCAGCUUGGGCAGUCUGGUUGCUGUCAGCAUCACAGCUACAGCCGCAAGUAUUGGCGCAGCUGGUAUACCGCAAGCGGGUCUGGUAACAAUGGUCAUGGUGUUAGACACUGUUGGUUUACCAGCUGAAGAUGUCACAUUGAUCAUAGCCGUUGAUUGGUUACUUGAUCGUUUUAGAACAACAAUAAACGUAAUGGGAGACUCCUUGGGUGCUGGAAUAGUAAACCACCUCAGCAAAGGAGAGUUAUGAGUGUUUAAGACACCAAUAACUGCAUUAAACAAUUAUUUAUUUCGUAAUUAACCGCUUAACACUGUUUAGUUUGCGCCAACAUGAAUUAUUCUCGCGUCAAAUCGUUUCUUUCGCAUUAUUCAUCAUAAACCAAACCGAAUAAAGUUUUGAAUAACUCGAA